UGAACCCAAAUUCAUUGCAUUUAUCGUUAUAAACGAAUUUGUCUUCAAUUUAUCAUUAAAUUACACAUUCAAAUUAUAAUUUUGUGUUUUAAACUUUGUGUUCAGCCAUGACAGAACAACAGAUGGAUUGCGCUUUAGAUUUAAUGAGGAGGCUGCCUCCUCAGCAGAUUGAGAAGAAUUUAACCGAUUUGAUUGAUUUGGUGCCGAGCUUGUGCGAGGACCUGCUGUCGUCUGUCGACCAGCCACUAAAGAUCGCACAGGACCGAAGUAACGGGAAGGAUUACUUGCUAUGCGAUUACAAUCGAGAUGGCGACUCAUACCGGUCUCCUUGGUCGAACACUUACGAUCCUCCACUUGAAGAUGGGUCAAUGCCCUCAGAGAGAUUAAGAAAGCUAGAGAUCGAAGCGAAUCAUGCUUUCGAUCAGUACAGGGAAAUGUAUUUUGAAGGUGGAGUCAGCUCUGUCUAUUUAUGGGAUAUGGAUCAUGGGUUUGCAGGUGUGAUUCUAAUAAAGAAAGCUGGAGACGGCUCACAGAAGAUAAAAGGCUGCUGGGACUCCAUACAUGUGGUUGAAGUGGUAGAGAAGAGCUCAGGAAGGAAUGCCCAUUACAAGUUGACUUCUACCGCUAUGCUUUGGCUUCAGACCAAUAAAGAAGGAAGUGGGACCAUGAAUCUUGGCGGCAGUUUAACAAGACAGGCAGAGCAAGAUUCAACUGUUAGCGAUGUAACCCCUCACAUUGCUAACAUUGGUCGCAUGGUGGAAGACAUGGAGAACAAGAUAAGAAACACACUGAAUGACAUUUAUUUUGGCAAAACAAAAGACAUAGUAAACGGUUUGCGUUCGACGGUGCCAGCCAACGUGGAGCGUCAGAAGGCAGCCUUGCAGCACGACUUGGCAGAAGCGCUGCUACAACGCCGGCAGACCACUCGCGCAGACUGAGAACAAGUUCACUCAGAAUCUGAUGAGUCGGAGAUUUUGGGUUAAAUUUUAACAACGACAUCUACAGGUCAUAAGAAAGAAAUUGUUAAACUUGUAGGUCUCUAUAAAUGUUACACAAUAAUAGAUAAAUCAGUGUCAAUACAUACACAAAUAAAUAAUUAUAUUUCACGUUUAGCUUGUAUGUCCCUUAGGGUGCUUUAUAAGUUCACAUAAUCAAAGAAAUUAAUCGUUAGAUAUUUCCUUACAUAGCUUUUAUGGAAUAAUUCCAUAUUUUGUAAACGAUAUAUCGAUAUUUUUGGGAGAUUUCGAUAUAUCAGUAUGAAAUAUGUAGCCAUCAAGGACGAUAUUUAGUGUAGUGACCAGUGGCGUGCACUGGGUUUCUUACGAGGGUAUGCAUACUUUAAAAAAUUCACCUCCUAAACGAGCUAUAUAUGAAUUUAAGGGUAGGCAGUGCUUUUGUGCAUGUAUGGAGUGCACGCCUCUGAUAGUGACCAAAGCACUUGCAUUAGACUUGGGUUCUAUUCGUUAAAUCAAAUUGCGGACACUUCGAUCAUUGGUCACUUUUUUUCUUUAUCUCAGAAAAAAAGUGACUGGCUUUUGCCCGCGGCCUCGCUUACAUUAAGUUCAAUAUUUGAUUUGGUAAAUUUUAACUACAAAGGUUUAAAAAAAUGUCUUUCUUGCAACAAGACAUUUUAUAUAGAAAAAUAUGAGC